AUGUCUCGCAGUUCUAAUUUUCUCUUAGCAGGUUUCUCUAAGAAGAAAUCGAAUUCUGUCGCGAGAAAGAAGACGAAGGAUUCUAGCGAGUCUUCGUUAGUUACGCCCCUCGGGAGCGGUGGUGACACCGCAAACCCCGGGGAUGCAAAUGUCAGCGGACAUUUAUGCGGGCAAGGCAAGCCCAUGAGAAUGGUCGAGGGGGCGAUGUUAUCUCCCCUCGGGACGGUUCCCGGAAACCCAGAGGUAUCAACUCUGGGUGGAACGGGCCUUAGUUCUGCACCGCCAUCAAUUGUUCCGUCAGGUCUUUUGUUUGGUCGGUGCACAAAUCCAUCGACGGAUAUUCGGGUUGCUACCGUGGAUCCGGACUUGAACCGGUCACCGACCGGUUCUUCUGUUCCUUUGUCGGCUUUGCCGGUUCCGAAUUUCGGUCCGGAUACCCGUGCAGCCGAGUCGGAUCCUGGUGCUUCAACUAACCGCGCCUCUCCGUCGGUGCGUGUUCCGUUUUCCCGAUUCGGUUUGCGUGGAGCUCCUACCGUCGGGCUUUUAUCGGAUACCCGUCCCGUUUCUUCAUCGGCUGUUUCCGUUACCGCUACUUCUCGUAAGAGGCGGGGUAUCCGGGACGCUGUGGCCGGUUCUUCCUCGGAUUUUGUUUAUCCGUCGAAGAAACCGCGCUCUGAUGUUACGGAACCGUUUGCGGCUCCUCGGGGUCCGCCUUUGGUGGCUACUCUCCCUCCGUCAGUGCCUCCACCCCCGCCAGAAUUUUCGGAUUGGAUGCGGGCUUUUGCUGACGCGUUAUGCUCUUCGAUGCCCGAAUCGGCUCCUCCGGUUCUUCCUACUUCAGUUUCGGAUCCGAUCGCGGUUGAUUUAAUUUCGGAGCUUUCCGAAGAUGCAUCGAUCUCUCCUGAGCAGUCGCCGGUGCGGGUUUCGAGUUGUCGUAUUCCGCCGGGGUCCUCUCUUUUUGCUUCUCCGCCUCACGCAUCGUUGGGCGCUCCGAUAGGCGGGGAUCGUCCCUGUUUAUCUGGUCAAGAUGGGGGGGCUCGGUUGAUCGUUGGGACACUGGUUCCAUCGCUCAGUCGGCUGGUUCAGCUGCGGGGGAUGAUGCGUCUACUCCGUUUGUGUCUCUGGCGGCGGAAUCGUUAG